AGGGAUCCGUGAGACAGCCUUACGAUGGACGCCACUCUGCCAGCCGUGGCUGAAGAAUUGUUGAGAGAGAUACAGAAAGCUUUUCAAGAGACUUCACAGGUCCCUGAUGACCUCCUCUCGGCGCUUAAAUUCGUUUUUGGGGCUUCUGCAGUCCCUGCUUUGGACUUGGUCGAUCACCAGUCGGUCACACGGAUCCUGUCUCCUAGCGGAAGGACUGUGUAUCAGGUGCUUGGCAGCUCCGGCAAGCUCUACACUUGCUACGCCUCCUGCCACUUCUGCUCUUGUCCGGCCUUUGCGUUCUCCGUCCUGCGCAAGAACGACAGUCUUCUGUGCAAACACCUUCUCGCCAUCUACCUGAGCCAGGCCCUGGGCACGUGCCAGGAGCUCACCGUUUCUGACAAGCAGUUGACCAGCCUCUUACUGAUGGAGGGAAGCCUCAGCCUGAGUUAG